CCUUGUCUUACGUCAAUUUAAUUAUAAUAGCAAAGCGUACAGAAAACUCAAAAAGCGGCGCUUAUUAGAGCGUUCAAGAUAAGCAUUGCAAUCAGUUUCGAAAGAGUCAUCGACAAGAGAACAAGUACAUAACAACAGAAACAGAAACUCAUUUGAAACUGAUACAGAAAUGCACGCACACAAACAAUCGUUUUAUAAAUUACUUAAAAUAUCAACCAACUCAAUAAAUUUCACAUUUAAACGACUUCUUAAAGCGUGUCUCGACGAAACUAAUGGAUUUAUAGUGAUUCAGGAAGACUCGCAUCAAGAAUUAUUGAAAUAUCCAAGUGUAUGGUUACGUGACAAUUGUUAUUGUAAUGCAUGUUUUCACCCCAUAACAAAAUCCCGUAUACACAAUUGGGAUGAAUUUGAUGUAAACGUUAAGGCUGAGUAUUUACAGGUAAAUGUGGAUACAAAGCAAAUUAUUAUCGAUUGGAGCGAUAAACAUCAUUCGGUCUACGAUUUAAAAUGGUUAAAAGAACGGGCAUUCAAUGAAAAAUAUCGACAAGAUUAUCUUAAACACUUUUAUAGACCAAAGACCCAACAUUGGCCAGGAAGCGAUUUUAAGAGAGUCGCUCAAUUAUUUAAUUUUAAUAGCAUUAUGAAUGACAAUAAUGUUCUUAGAUUAUGGCUGGAAUGUUUGGCUACUUACGGUGUGGCCAUUAUAAAGGAGGCGCCCAUUGAAAAGUCAGUGGUAAGACAACUGGGCAAUCGUGUUGGCUUCUUAAAAAGCACAACUUAUGGAGAAGAAUUUAUUGUACAAGCCAAGGCAGAUGCUAAAAACGUAGCUUAUCUUUCGGAUCCUUUGCCGCCACACACAGAUUUACCAUAUUAUGAAUACAAGCCUGGUUGCAAUCUACUGCACUGUAUGGUGCAAUCAAAGUCUAAGGGUGGCUAUAACUUACUCGUCGAUGCCUUUCAUAUAGCUGAUCGUAUGAAAGCCGAACAUACGAAGGAUUAUAAGAUUUUGCUAAGUACUCUGGUCGAUUGGAAUGACAUUGGUAGCGAAAACGAUCGAGUUUUUCAUAAUAUUUGGAGAGCGCCAGUUAUAGUUUUAGACAACGAAGGAAAUUACAUGCGUAUAAAUCACAGUAUACCGCAACGCGAUAGUCACUUUUCAGUACCAAUCGAUAAAGUUCUGCCCUGGUAUGAGGCAUACACAAAGUUUGUACGUCUGGCACGUAACGAUGCUAUUACAUUUAAAACGUCACCCGGCGAUGUUUUAACAUUUAAUAAUUUACGUGUGCUGCACGGCCGUACGGGUUACGAUGACACAGACGAAAAUGUGCGUUACAUUGUCGGAGGCUAUCUUGACUGGGAUAUUAUUUACUCCAAGCUGAGAGUAUUAAAAACCACCACUAGGUAAAUGGUAGACUGAAACUCUUUUCAUUUUCCUAACAUGGAUUUUGUCUUUAUAAAGAAUUCUUUUUUUUUUUUUUUUUUUUUUUUUUAAACAAUAAAAGCCACUUUUCUACUUCCUCCGAUCAGUGAGGAAGUAAAUUAUGAA